AAUAAAACAAGUAGCAAUAUAAAACAAAAAUAAAAAUGUAUGCAAGACAAGAAAAGAAUUUUAUGAAAGAUCCAUUAACAGCACCAGCUAGAAUAUAUGUUGGUAAUUUAGAUCAAUCAGUUGUUGAAGAUGAUUUACGAGGAUUGUUCUCAUCGUAUGGCAAGAUACUUGGUAUCUCAGUGCAACGUAACUUUGGUUUUAUACAAUUUGAUUCAGAACAAAGUGCACAAUUAGCUAUACAAAAAGAAUUGGGUAACAUAUUUAAAGGAAAAAAAUUAAAUGUUAGAGGUGCAAUCACUGGUGAAGGUGGUAAAGGUAACAAUAAUUUAAAAAACAUUCAAACAACAACAACAACAACAACAUCUGCACUAUUAGAUAAUAAUAUUGAACAACAACAACAUGAUGAACAACAACAACAACAAACAAAUGUUAAAACAGAACAACAACAACAACAAUCUAUUAAUAAUACAAUUACAAAUCAAUUGUAUCCAAGACGUGGUGGACCAGGAUUAGGACCAAGUGGACGUAAUAAUAAUAAUUAUAGAGAUCGUUCACCUUUGGAUCAUCAUCAUCAACAACAACAACAACAACCACAACAACCACGUAAUUAUCAACAACAACAACAACAACAACAACAACGUUAUUCAUUUAAUAAUAAUAGACAACAACAACAACAACAACAACAACAACAACAACAUGGUGGUAGUGGUGUUAAUGUUAAUAAAAAGAUUGAUUGUAAUGAUUGUGAAAUAAUAGUUGUAGCUAAAUCAUUAACUGAAUAUGCUGAAUAUAUAGAAAAUAAAUUAAAAUUACAUGGUUUAACUGUUGAUCUAUUAUUUCCAAAUGAAGAUGUACCAAUUGGACGUGUUUUAGCUAAUAUAGCAUCACGUGGUUGUUUAUAUGCUAUUUUAGUUACACCACAAAAUGAACAAUAUCAUUCAUUAACAUUAAAUAUAUUAUAUGGUGCUACAGAAGAACAUCGUAAUAUGCCAACAGAUGAUGCUAUUAAUUUAAUACAUAAAAACUUUGAAUGUUAUUUACAUAAUGAUAAAUAA